AUGUUUUCGUUGGACGUGGUAGAGCGCUCCUGGGGGGAGGAAGGCGAGCGUGUGCAGCAGCAACAACAGCAACAGCUGAUGCCGUCGGUGAACAAAAGCGGCGAGUAUGGAAUGGAAGCCGGAGCUGCGAUGGCGUUUGCGCCGCAUAUGCGCAGCAGCUUCCCCGGUCACGCGGACCGACGUUCGCCCCCGUUUGUCGGUAGCACCCCACCGCCGUCACAGCAGCAGACGUCAUCCGCGCCAUGGUCGCGCUAUACAGCACUGGACUUUGAACUCCUUCUGCACGAGGGGAAACAACCAACGGAAGACAUGCGUCGCUCACUGGCGUACAUGAGAUGGUACAACAGCAAGAGACUGCAUGACAGCCAGCUGCUCCCGCCACUGGCAGACCCCCGCUAUAACUCGCGGGACAUUAUUGAGGAACCAUGGGAGAACGCCUCCGCAGUACGUGUGGUGGGACCGAUGAAUCUGUCUGGAGGAGGUGGGGUGGAACCUGGAAAAGGAAACUUUCGCUUAGAGUUGGACGCAAAGAACCUGCAGCAGGCCCAGGAACAGCGCGCCUUUAACCCCUACGCGGCUGGGUUUCAACAGCAUGACGAGAAUAUGCUGAGCCCAGGGACACAGUUCUUUGGGGCGUAUGCACCAACACCGUUAGCAACGACGGCCACGCCGAACACGUUACGUGCCUACGCUCACUCUCGCAUGGGCGCACAGAAUAGCAGUGUUGUCCCUAAUGCUGAGCGUGACAUGUCGCAAGCCGUACCCCCCAUGCCCGCCCAGCCUCUCUACACGGAAUGGAAUACCACGGCAGAUUUUCGUGGGGGUGCCAAUGCGUUGCCAGCCGUAAAUCAACAAUACUAUACACAAGAACCUAUGAAUCCUUUUGAUUAUUACACAGACUCUGCUGUGGCCGGUUAUUACAACACAGCUGUGGCUGGCAUGUCCGAUCCAGCACAUGUGCAGCCCGCAUUUAUGACGAUGGUGCCUGUCACGGACUCAAGUAUGAUGCGAGGAGGUGGCGGUGGCGGCGGUGGUGGUGGCAGCGGUGGCGGCCGUAGUAGGCGGGGUGGUGGAGGCGGUGGCGGCAGAGGACGUGGGGCAGGCAGUGGAAGGUGGAAUUCCGCUGGUGGAAAAUCGUCAGGCCGUGGGGCAUCCUACAGCGAACCGCUUCAGCCACGAUCUGCUCGUCUGGAAGAAUACCGUGUAGAUGCUAUUAACGGCGCAACCAGUCAUUGGCGCAUUUCGCAUAUCUUGGGCUAUGCAGUGGAAUUUGCACAGGAUCAAGAAGGUAGUCGAUUUAUUCAGAGAGCUGUGGAUAGUGCCACCCAUGAUGAGGUGGAUGCACUCUUCCAUGAGAUCUUUGAAUCUCCACUGGACCUUGUAACGGACAUCUUUGGCAAUUACGUGCUACAAAAGCUUCUUGAGGUAGGUAAUGCACGUCAGCUGGCAUACGCAGCUACGCGAUUGCAAAACAAUGUGGUGCCCCUAACCCUUCAAACGUACGGUUGCCGGGUGAUUCAAAAAUGUAUUGAGGUGAUGCCUCCUGAAGGGCUAGACAUCAUACUGGCAGAGCUCAAGGGAAAUGUGGCGAAGUGCAUUCAAGAUCAAAAUGGAAACCAUGUUGUGCAAAAGUGUGUGGAGGUUACUCCGCAACGCUGUGGGUUUAUUGUACAGGCCUUUACAGGACGUGUGAUGGAGUUGGCAACGCACGCCUACGGAUGUCGUGUAAUUCAGUGCAUCAUGCAACACUGCCCGGAUCAAGAGGAAGCCAUCUUUUCAGAGUUAUUAAAAUGCGUGGAUACCUUGGCGAAGGAUCAGUAUGGAAACUACGUCAUUCAACAUGUGCUACAAAACAUGAAGGAUGAGGAUAAGGUGGCUCGUGUCUUUGAUGCACUAAAAAAGGAAUUCUACGAGUUUAGCAAGCAAAAAUUUGCCUCCAAUGUCAUGGAAAAACUCUUUAUUCGCGCUGAUCCGGAGCAACGCAUGGAACUUAUUCAAAUGCUCUGCUCCCCUGUGGAGGGACUAGAGACCUCACCUGUGGAGGUUUUGGCGUUUGAGCGUUCGGCCCCAGUAAAGAAGGAUGAGACAGAGAAGCACCGUAACGGCUACCCAAAGAAAGGCCGACGUGAUAAGGAGCGUGAACGUGAAAAAGAGAGUGCCGGUGGGCCAGUGCUAGAAGUGCAUUCGGACGGCAAAGAACUACCAAGUAUGCUCUGUCUCAUGAUGCAGAAUGCUUACGCCAAUUACGUUGCUCAGCGAGUGCUAGACGCGGCGGACGUGGAGCAGUUCUGGUGUCUUGUGGACAACAUUCAGAAGUUUCUUGUGCCCAUCAGUACCUACACGUACGGUGCGCCCAUCGUGCAACGCCUGGUCCGCCGCGAACUGGUGAAGGCCCCCGACGAUCUCGUCUUUAACCUCGCCCCUGCCCACCCAGGCGCGGGGGGGAGGGGCAGCCACGCCCAUCACCGCAGGAAGGCUGCUGAAAGCGACAACACUGCGUAG